AUGGCUAAAACAGGGAGCUUCCAAUUGAACAAGUUUGAUCCAAUCCUUGUUUCAUCACAGAUUUGUGCAUUUCAAAGUUUUCUCUAUGUCACAUUGAGCUUAAUUUUAAUAUUAGGAUUAACAUUUCUAAACAUAAAUUUGUCACUUUCUGCUAUAUUCGAUUUUCGACAAAUAAAUGUAUCAAAUAGUGAAGGAGUUCUCAUUAUUUCUUGCUUUAUAAUCAAUUCACUUUUCGGAGCAUUAUUCUUAUGGACCUUUGUCAAAAGACGGAAAUUGUGCUUGGAUUUUUGUUGCACAUAUCAUUUUAUUCAUUUCAUCAUAUGUUGUUGUUUUGAAGGCGAGUUUCCUUCACUUUCUUAUUGGCUUCUCAACGUAACGUGCUUAGUGAUAAUGACUGUGACGAGCGAGUAUUUAUGUUUAAAAGAAGAAAUGAAAGAGAUUCCGUUAUAUCAGUCACUUUCAACUAAAGCUGAUCUUUAAUGUCUAUGAUGUUGUAAACAUUGUAAAUGUCUCUAGUUAAUAAUCUUCCUAUAAUAAAACGAAAA